AUGAGUAUAGAUACACCCAAUGGUCUAAAUGAUCAAUACUCACCUAUUUUCGAUCUGGAAUCAAAUCUAACAUUAAUAUCUUUACCACUAGAUAUAAUCAAUUUAAUAUCAAAUCAACUCGAUGUCCAAAAUUUUAUCAAACUAUCAACAUUAAAUAAAACAUAUAGAUCAUUUUGGUUCAAUAAGAUUUUCUACAAAAUAAAAAUAUCUUGGUCACAUUUAAUAAAUCCUGAUGAUAAUUCAAAACUUAUAAAAACUUUUAAACAUACAACUACUCAAAUAAGAAUAAUAGAUAGUUAUCUGAAUGGUGAUUGGAAUUUAGAUAUAUUUGAAGAUUUUUUUUGGAAUUUUCUGAAAUUAAGAAAAAUUAUAUAUAAUACUAAAAAUUCAAGUGGUUGGUUAAAAUAUAGAUCAAAUGAUAGAAUCACUAGCUUGGAUUUAUAUUAUGAUCCGAAUCAAUCAAGAGAUAUACCAUUGCAAGAUAGAUAUGGUCAUUCACGACCGAUUAAAAAAGUAUUUAAUAUUGAACAUUUAAGUAAUUUUAAAAUGUUGAAUACUUUAUCAUUAAAUUGUUAUGAAUUAAAUUGGGAUUCAAAUUCAAUUGUUUAUCCUGUAUUAAUGUUGGAAAAGUUAGCUUUAAAAGAUUGUGAUUGGUCAUAUCCAUUUCAAUUAUCAUAUUUUAAUUAUAAUAAUUCUUUAAAGGAUUUAAAAGUUGAAUUAUCUCAAAAUUUUAAUCAUCUUUUAUUUUCAGAAAGAUAUUCUGAUUUUUUAGCAUUUAAUGAUAACAACAAUAAUGGAUUUAAUUUAAAUACUUUGGAAAACUUAACUAUAAAAUUUGAUAAUUCACCAAUAAGUAAUGAUGAUCCAAUUCCCAAGAGGACAUUAAAUGAUAAUAUUUUGAACAAGUUAUUAGUUUCACCAGAUCAUUUACCUAACCUACGAAAUUUAUCAUUAAUAAAUUGGAAAUUACAUUGUUCACAAGAAAAUUUUACAAAUUGUAUUAAAAAUUCCAAAUCAUCAAUUACCAAGAUUUAUAUUCAAAUUAUAAAUUAUAGAUUUAUUUCUCAUAUGUAUUAUAAUCCUAAUUCCAUUUUAUUGAUGAAAAUUUUAUUUAUUCAAAAUCAAUGUAAAGAAGAAAAUCCAAAUUUAGAUUUUAAAAUUAAAUUUAUUGAUGGUUGGAAUGAAACUCAACAUGUAUAG